UGGGCCACCGGCACACGUGGCUGGGGCUACGACUCCGACGGGCAGCACAGCGACUCGGAUUCGGAGCCAGAGUUUUCCUCCCUCUCGCCUUCCAUCCCGAGCGCCAUCCCCGUGACCGGGGAGUCCUACUGCAACUGCGAGAGCCAGAGCGAAGCGCCCUACUUCUCCAGCCUGCAUGCCCUCCACCGCGUCAAGGACUGCCAGUGCGGAGAGGAGGACGAGUAUUUCGACUGGGUGUGGGACGACCUGAAUAAGUCGACGGCCACCCUGCUGACCUGCGACAACCGCAAGGUGAACUUCCACAUGGAGUACAGCUGCGGCACCGCCGCCAUCCGGGGGAACAAAGAGCUGGCAGACGGGCAGCACUUCUGGGAGAUCAAGAUGACCUCCCCGGUCUACGGCACGGACAUGAUGGUGGGAAUCGGGACGUCGGAUGUGAACCUGGACAAGUACCGCCACACCUUCUGCAGCCUGCUGGGCAAGGACGAGGACAGCUGGGGACUCUCCUACACAGGACUACUGCAUCACAAGGGAGACAAAACAAACUUCUCUUCGAGGUUUGGCCAAGGCUCCAUCAUCGGGUUGCAUUUGGACACGUGGCACGGGACGCUCACGUUCUUCAAAAACCGCAAGUGCAUAGGGGUUGCAGCUACGAAGCUGCAGAACAAGAAGUUUUACCCCAUGGUGUGCUCGACGGCGGCCAAGAGCAGCAUGAAGGUGAUCCGCUCCUGCACCAGCUGCACGUCCCUCCAGUAUCUCUGCUGUUACCGCCUGCGCCAGCUCCUGCCCGACUACGUGGACACGCUGGAGGUGCUGCCAUUGCCACCAGGACUCAAGCAGGUGCUACACAACAAACUGGGGUGGGUCUUGAGCAUGAACUAUAGCACGUCGAAGCCUUCCUCCUCCUCCUCAUCGGGAAGCGACUCAGACAGCUCCUGUGGCUCAGACGCAGAGGCCUGCCAAAGGAAGAGGUGCAGGAGGACAUAAUGUCUCUGCAGAUGAACUGCUGUGAGGGAGUCGGGUGGGGUUUUGUUCCGCCGUCUGCGAGGACCAGCCAGGCCUGAUGCACCUCUUUCUUCACGGGGACUUCCAUUUCUACUUGUUUGGAAAGAUUUCUCUUACGCUGUUGGAAGUCUUUAGCCUAAACAUCCAUCACGUACAUUGAAAAGACCUGUAGGCUUAGAGAGGUCCCAGCUCUGUGAAACAGGUAAACUGCAGCCCAGUGUCUGAGCUUCAUCUCCUGACCUGCUGUCAAAGCCGUCGCCUCUUCCUGAAGGAUCCCUCUUCUCUGCAGACUCUCAGCAGAGACAAGAUUUAAGGUGGCCUCCCGGUUUCAAAGCGUACUAGACUCUAGUCACGUAACGGACUCGACUCCUCAAAAGACAAAGACCAGUCCCCUCCUCCUAACUGUUGCGUGUUGGUUUGGUAUCUGCGAUGAACUCGUCGCGCUGUGGGGCACGAUCGAGCGGCAGCACGUAGGGCCAGGGGCUCCUAGAGAUGCAUCUGCGUCGCUGUUGAGAGAGCAGUUGCUUACAGGAGUUGAGCUGUUGGUGAUCCCUCUCGAGCCCCCGAUGACUUUAAUUGCUUUGCAUGUUGGCUCCUGCUGCUUCUACUGUAUCAAAGACUGUAUUAAACUGUAAUAAUAAAAGUAGAAAC